AUGAGUAGUUUCUAUACUGUUGUUGGUGUAUUCAUAGUGGUUAGUGCCAUGUCCGUGCUGUUCUGGAUAAUGGCUCCAAAGAACAACCAAGCUGUUUGGAGAAGUACAGUGAUUUUGACAUUGGCCAUGAUGUUUUUGAUGUGGGCCAUUACGUUCCUUUGCCAGCUCCAUCCCUUGGUGGCUCCACGCCGUUCAGAUUUGAGACCUGAAUUUGCAGAAUAA